ACGCGUCAGCAACUGAGCAGUGCCAUGUCAGCAGUGACACGUCAGCAGCCGAGCAGUGCCACGUCAGCAGGGGGUGCCGCGUCAGCAGCUCUCCGGUCUGGUCUAUGCUUACGCGCUCACAAACAGCCGCCAUGGAUCAGAAGCCCGGGGAAACGGCCGCGGACUAUCAAACCCGGAUGCUGGCUUGGAGUACCGAAGCCAAGCAAAGGGCGGAUGCAGCAGCAGCCGCAGAGCAGAAGACGGCAGAGGAAGCCGAACAGCCCGAAUUCGGGACAGCGUGAGUCCACUCCAAAGUUCGAUGGUCAGGAGAUCUUCUGCGAUUCAACAAAGACGGACCCGAUUCAGUGGUUCCGCAAGUUUGAACUCACGUUGCAGCUGCAUCUCAUCAGCGAAUACAAGAGCCACGUGUACUUAUACUCGCGGUCGGGGGGCGCAUGCCAAGCAUGGCUGGACAAUCUCUUGUCCAAGUACGGGGUGGUCGCUGCAGACUUGCACACUAAGAUCAACUGGGAUGAUCUGAAGGCAGCGUGGCAUAAGCGGUUCCAAGUAGAGCCACUGAAGAUCAAGGCAAUGGACAAAUUGUUGUACUUCGAGCAGGGCACGCUGCCGAGUGUUGAUUGGAUUGCCGAGUUCCAACGCUUGACAUCCGUCCCAGACAUUCAGAUGGCUUCAAGGCCAUCAAACACUACUUCAUAUCGAGGUCGUGUCCGGCGUUGGGCAACGCGUGUCGACGAGACCCUGACGACCACGGCGGAACUCUUUGACAAGGCCGCGCAGAUCAUUGUCACGAACAAGGAGGCGAAGAACCUCGUGCGUUCAUCUGCAGCAGGCCCGGGCAGAGACCAGCAUCGGCCGAAAGUGGCCGUGGUCGCGGCGGCAAUGCCACCCGACCAAUCUUUCAGCGAGGCCGUGUCUGCCAAUGAAGGGGACAGACUCGCAGCCGCCCGGGAUGGUGGCCACGCCGGCAGAGGCCGAGGACGCGGCAAACCGAAGACAAACACCACAUUGAUCCCCGGGCCCGGCGCAGCAGCUUCAGCCCCAUGGAUCCACUUUGGCCUUUUGGAGCUAGCAUACAAGCAACGCAUGAAAUACCGCUAUUGUCUGUGGUGUGGUUCUUCACGGGAUUUGGUGCGCGAGUUCAACAUAGAGGUAUUGGACCCGCUCACGUCUGAGGAUUUUGCAUGGCUUCCUCUCCUGACCACGGGUCACUUGCCGGGACCGCAAUGUGCAGCACUCCGCGCUCAUCUUCACAAGUAUUUGUCCUUCGAUGCACCACCAACUUCGUCGACGGAUGAUGGAGUUGCGGUGGGGGACAUAUUGGCGUAUGUUACCAAGGUGGCCCGCGAAUUUCGCAUGCAACGGUACAAUGACAACAACGCACCGCUCAUGUAUGUCUGCAUCCAGGUUGGGCAAGCAUCCUGCAGCGCUUUGCUGGAUAGCGGCGCGUCUCGCAAUUUCAUGAGCCAAGCCUUUAUGCAAAGGGUUGGCCUUGGCGCACAAGUUCGGAGGAAGGCAAACCCGACGGCGAUCAAGUUGGCGGAUGGAAAGACGCAGCAACUUCUCGACUGUUACAUCGAGGCCGUACCGGUGUAUUUCGCACCUCAUGCAUGCGAACCAGUGACGUUCGACAUUUUGGACAUAGACUUCGACAUUAUUUUGGGAAUGCCUUGGCUUGCAAGUGCGGAUCAGACGGUCAACUUCCACCGCCGGACUCUUACCGUUCGGAACGCUUUCGGCGCCGAAGUACCGUGUACUAUUCCUCUUCCGCACCCUUCGAUCCGGUGCCAAGUGGUGACGGCCAAAUCAUUCCGGGCGACUUGCACUUACGAGCAGCCCGAGGAGAUCAGCCUAUGUUUCCUACGGACCGUCGCGGUAGCCGACUCUUCAUCCACGGACUUGUCGUCGGACCCCCGUGUGGUGCGGUUGCUGGACGAGUUCGCCGACAUCUUCGAGUCACCUACCGAUGUGGUGCCGGAUCAGCCGAUCUCUCACAAGAUCAUUCUUGAGGCCGGUGUCAUGCCGCCGAAAGGAUGCAUCUAUCGUAUGAGCGAGGAGGAGUUUGAGAUCCUCCGGGCAGAACUCGACGACUUGUUGGCCAAGGGUUGGAUCCACCCUGGUAGAUCCUCAUGUGGAGCACCAAUUCUCUUCGUCCGGAAGAAGAACAAGGAUCUACGUCUGUACAUCGAUUAUCGCAAGCUCAACGCGCAAACUGUCAAGAAUGCGGGGCCUCUUCCUCGUAUCGACGAUCUUCUCGAGCGAUUGGGCGGUGCCAAGUACUUUUCGAAGUUGGACUUGAAGUCGGGGUAUCAUCAGAUUUCGAUACACACGAAUGAUUGCUACAAAUCCACGUUCAAGACGCGUUGUCGGGACUGGUGAGUCCCGAAUGGUUUCCCGUCA